UAUAAGCUCGUCAGCGGAGGUGGGCGCUUCCUCACUCCACGGCGCGCGCUCGCUCGUCGUGGCCCAGUGCGCGCGUUCCCUGAGAACGCGGCGCAGAUUCUAGGACGACCGAUCGUUCCCCAUUACCGCUUCGCAUGACCCGAUGUCGUUGCAGGCGGCGGUGGAACUCGUGCAUGCCUGGCUCAGCUAUCAGCUCAGCUCGGCAUGCAUACUCUGCGAUACUUUGGGCUAUAUCGGGCGGCUCUUCGCUGAUCCCUUUAUACUGCGAGGUAGCGCUUUCGCGGUCGUCCUAUCUGCGCAUAGGCGCACCCCGCCGGCGCAUUCUCCUCCAGAGGCGCUGGGCGCUCGACAGGCGGCAUUGCUCUACGGACAGCGGGCUGUCCCAGCUCCCAUGCGCUUUGCGGUGCAGGGUAUGGGCGUCGCGCACCACUUCAAGGGUGUCCAACCCUGCGUCUGAGGAAACUCAAACACAGGACGAGAUGAUCCGGAUGGUGGCGGGACAAUUGCGCAUUACGCGCAAUGGACGCCCGACUGUGACGGAAAAUGAGCAUUGUACACCACGUUGAGCGGUGCUGAGUCUUCCGGAAAGGCUCGAAUUUUUCGCUAUGUGCUUUUCCAUUAGGUGCAUCGUAUGCUUGCUCGGUAUGGGCAAUGUAGCUAAGUCAUUCUGAGUGAUUCGUAGCUGCCUUGUCUCAAUCCCAAGAAGGGCCCCGAACCAGAUUCAUUGGACUACUUACUGGACACAUACUCAAAGUUCAACAUCGACCCCGUGAUCGUGGCAAUGUCCAGGCUUUCGCGAUCGGUGUGACGCGCAUCAGUGACCGCCAUCAGACGCGUCCGCGACGGUCAUUAGACCCGCCGGCUCAGGCUCAGGCUCGUCUU